GAAAAGACAUACCAUGGCGUUGUACAGCUCUGUGUUUGUGUGACAGGUUAGCAUCUGAAAACACCUCCGGACAGACGCGUCUGCGCACUAAUCCACUGCCGACACCGACGGUUGGCUGAGGAAUAAGGAUGGGGUCAAGAAUCAAGGAGAGUCCUGAGUCUUCUUUUGAGGUGUUUGUGGAGGUAGCCCAUCCAGGCACACACAGCUCUGGGCCAGAGGUGCGAAGACAGUUCCCUGAAGACUACACAGACCAGGAAACUCUUCAGACUGUGCCCAAGUUCUGCUUCCCCUUCAGCAUGGAUAGUCUGACAGUCAACCAGGUCGGCCAGAACUUCACAUUUGUGUUGACUGACAUUGAGAGCAAACAGAGAUUUGGCUUCUGUCGCCUCUCCUCAGGUGCCCACACCUGCUACUGCAUUCUCAGCUACCUGCCCUGGUUUGAAGUCUUCUACAAGCUGCUUAAUAUCCUUGCAGAUUACACCAUCAAAGGCCAGGAAAGCCAAUGGCAAGAGUUCCUGGUGUCACUACAUACGCUCCCCAUCCCUGAGCCUGGGGUCCCUGUUCAUCUUGGUGUGCAUUCCUUCUUCACUGUGCCUGACGCAAUGGAACUCCCCAGCAUACCUGAGAAUAGAAACCUAACAGAGUACUUUGUAGCAGUAGAUGUCAAUAACAUGCUUCAUCUGUACGCUAGUAUGCUUUAUGAACGUCGAAUCCUCAUCUGCUGUAGCAAACUAAGCACUUUAACAGCUUGUGUCCAUGGGUCUACAGCCAUGUUAUUUCCAAUGCACUGGCAACAUGUAUACAUUCCUGUCCUGCCUCAACAUCUAUUAGACUACUGCUGUGCCCCAAUGCCCUACCUCAUUGGAGUACAUUCCAGCCUGAUGGAGAAAGUUCGAGGGAUGGCUCUGGAUGAUGUGGUGGUCCUGAAUGUGGACACAAACACCCUGGAAACCCCCUAUGAUGACCUCCAAAGCCUGCCCAAUGAUGUGGUGUCAUCUUUAAAGAGCCGUUUGAGGAAGGUUUCAACAACAACUGGGGACGGUGUGGCUCGAGCCUUCCUCAGGAGUCAGGCGGCUCUGUUCGGCAGCUACAGAAAUGCUCUGCACAUCCAGUCGGGAGAGCCAAUAACAUUUAAUGAGGAAACCUUUGUGAGCCAUCGUUCCAGUGCCAUGAGACAAUUCCUGCAGAAUGCCAUCCAGCUUCAGCUCUUCAAACAGUUCAUUGACGGCAGGUUGGACCUUUUGAACUCAGGAGAGGGUUUCAGUGACAUCUUUGAGGAGGAGAUCAACAUGGGCGAAUACGCAGGCAGUGAUAAGACCUACCACCAGUGGCUGUUCACUGUGAAGAAAGGAGGCGGGGCUAUCUUUAACACAGUGAAGACCAAGGCAAACCCUGCCAUGAAGACCGUUUACAAGUUUGCUAAGGACCAUGCAAAAAUGCGUAUAAAGGAAGUCAAGAGCCGGCUUAAGCAGAAGGAGCAGGCAGAAAACGGCUUCUCCCCACCAGGGUCAGCAGUUAUCGAUGACGACAACUCAGCUGGGUUCACCUCUUCCACCAGUGCAGUCAGGAGGGAGGGGCCACUGCCAACCUUGGCUGACCACAGGCCAAUCACUGUGCAUUUUGGACAGGCUCGGCCACCAAUGCUGUUGAAGAGACCAAGCAGCAAUGUGAGUCCGGAAAGCAGCGUUGACCACUCUAUCCGUCCUACUCGUCACUACACAGUCUUUCUCUCUGAGGAUUCGUCCGGAGAUGAGCUCCAGUAUGACGAUGACUCCAUUUCUGGCUUUCCUGACAGCUUUCUCUUCUCCAUCCCUUUUGAGUGGUCGCCUCUGCCACAGCCGUACCGCUCACUGAAGGAGGUCCAGUUGAUGGAAGGGGACGAUGCUGAUUUGGGGGCUGAAAGUCACACUGUACCUCCCAGUCCAGUUAAUGAGAAGUUCUCCAAUGUCAACCUUCUGGGAGAUAUCUUCGGCUGCCAGGACGAGCCUGACAGCCAACCAAUCACUUUGGCUAAAAGUCUUGAGGAUCUGAGGACUCCCAAAGACUCUGAGGAGCUACAAGCCAAGUUCACUUACCAGCGAAUGGACCUGAGUAUUGGUGAACACUCACGAACGCUUCCAGGCCUCAAGCUCCCCAACCCUUACAAUAAACUGUGGAGUAUAGGGCAGGACGUUUGCGUCCCUGCCUGCGACAGACCUCCACCUGUCCAACUUCCUGCGCAGAAGGAAGGCCACUGUCUAAGCCCAAGCCUGUGCCCCGACCCUUUGGAUCCUUCCAACCCCGGUAACAUCACCAUCCCACGUCCCCACGGAAGGAGGACGCCCGAGCUUUUUACUGUGCUAGCACCCCCUGCAGCCCAGUUGCGCUCUAAACAAGCAGAAGCUGGUGAAGAAGGGACAACAUCAGGGGGACAAGAGUUUAGGCAAGCCCUGAGUAUGACCACAGAUGGUGAGCUGCUGAAGCCCACCAAGGCUGCUGAGGACAGUAUAGAUCUGAUAAGCCUUCUCGACCCCCUCAACAGCUCAACACCCAGCAGUUCCACUUCACUGAGUGACGGAGUAGAUAUUGGUGUGUCGUUAUCUUCUUGCAAACCAACACUACCACCCAGGUCUUACUCUCAGGGCUUGCCUCCUUUCCCACUGCAUCCUCACAUACCCAUCAACCCUUUUGCCCAGUCUCUGCAGAACACCUCCGCUCAAAUGCGUUAUUCACCGACUGUAAGUGGGAAUCCUUUCAGUGUGGUCUACGGGCCUCCACCUGGCUCUUACUUACACACUCUAUCCCAGCCACAGUCUCUUUCUACACUACCAGGGCUCUACAGACAGCAUUCACCAGGCACUUCCACUCUGCCUCCCAGCUAUGGACUGCUGCAGUCAGCCGUCCCCUCCUCAGUCACCUCCCAGCCUCACUUCUCUGCCAGCAAUCACGCUCUUUCCAAUCUUGCCGACUCUCCGUCUGUCCCCAGUACAGCCAUAAACAUACUGGCAAAACCCCUUUGUGCUGAGGGAGACAGCCAGAAGACUCGUGAUCUUUUUGGGGAUCUGCUGACUAUGGCCAAGCCAGCUACACCCCAAAAAAAGAAGGUGGAAGAUCUUCGGAGGAGGUGGGAAACAUUUGACUAACACCUGUGAAUAUGUACUGAGGUUCCCUCUCUGUCACUACCCAAUCUUUCCUCACUACUGUAUCUGGACCUUCUAUUGCAUUUAAUACUGCAUUAGCUUUAAUACAUGCGACUCUGCUUAUACAACUUCCAAUUGUAGAAGAAUAAUAGCUUCAACCUAAAAUUAGUUAGUUACCAUUCGCUCACAUUAUUUUCCCUGUAAGCUAACAUUGAAGGUACUUUGUUAACUGAUGUCUUUAUUUAAUGACAUGAAAAAUCCUCUUAGGCCACAGUUUGUUUGGUUGCGCUGUUAACUGCUAAGGGUGUAUUUGCUGACCCUAUUGUUUAAUUAAUUGAUUAAUUAAUUGAUUAAUUAAUUAAUUGUUUGAUUAAUUCCCCUUGCCAUUACCACCAGGAACCACAAAUAGACCUGGACUGAAUCCCAAAGAUCCUAACUAUGACUUAAGCAUAAGCAUGACUUUCUUCUACCUGUGUGUGUUGUGCAUACGGAGUAAAGUUGAGCAGAUGCAUCAGAUAUGAAGUAUCAUGUACUGCAGCAGAAGGUCCUUAUCCAUGUAGGACCCCUACACACACACACACACACACACACACACACACACACACACACACACACACACACACACUCUAUUAUCAGCUCUGCUGCUGACUAAUGAACACACUCACAGCCCACAACACAUGAGCUCACCUGUACCUGUCUAAGGAUCUUUUGUGUUGUUUGAGUUUCCUACCAUUCUACCUAUGAAAUCACACUCAAAGCCGGCCUUGCUUCAAGAUGUUCAGAUGCCAACAGUUCUCAGCCCAGCGCCACUCAUUAACAAAUUGCUUACAAGAAAACAGCCUCUGUCUCUGUCUUAGAUGCCUCCCCAUUAGCAUAGUGCUCAGUAUAGAUGUGAGACUUUAAAAAUAGCUUGCAGUGUUUCCUAAAUGAGAAUAUAUGUCUCACUCACACCAACAUCUUAAUGAUGUCAACUUCUACGAUUAAAUCAUGAACAUCGUAAUGGCAUUAUGGUACUUUAGCUACAAAGUGUGGUGUAUCUCAAUCAAGUUACCUGUUGAUGUUUCUGAUAGCUUCAUGCACAGUAUUUUUGUUUAGUUUAGUUUUUUGGCCUUCAUGAUGAAUCCCAUCUUUGGCUUCUCUCACUGACCUGUGAAAAUGUGUUGCCUCGUACUGUUUUUUAAAUGAAACAUUUUAAGAAAACCUGCAAGCCUGUAAUGUCCCUAAAAUGAUUUGAACAUGUCUAUCUAAUUAAAUAUAUAUGUGGACUUUGAAA